UGCAUGCACGCUACCUGUCGAUCGGACUUGGCGGUUACCAACCAACCGCCAAGAACCUUCCCGGCCUCUCCUCCUCACUCCCCCGCCGCCUAUUUCACCACUCCCCCUCUCGCCGGCGCCGCCGCCCAAUCCGCCCCACCACUCGCCACCGCCGCCCCUGCCAACUGCAGUGCCGAUGCGCUGCUGGUAGAUGAAUGUGGAGUGCCUUCACUCUCCGCACGCUCCAUCGUAAUGGCAGACCACCACCAGCAGCAGCAGCAGCCCCCGUCGUCCGCCUGCACCAACUGCGGCACCGAGCGCGCCGUCGUCUACUGCUCCGCCCACGGCGCCCGGCUCUGCCUCGAGUGCGACGGCGCCGUGCACGGCGUCAACCAGGUCACGUCCCUCCACCCGCGCGCCCCGAUCUGCGACGCCUGCGGCGUCGCCCACGCCGCGAUCCGCUGCCAGAUGGCCGGCAACCGGUCCGCGCUCUGCGGCGCCUGCGCCGACCGCCUGGCCGCGCCGGACGGCGCCCCCAUCGUGGAGGAGUACACCGGGUGCCCCUCGCCCGCCGAGAUGCUCCGCAUCCUCUCCGUCGAGGCCCCCUCGUCGCAGGAGGACUUCGACGCCUGGCUCGCCGAGAAACUGCCCGAAAUCAUGCAGGAGGUUCAGGAUGGACCUCAGAUAUGCGAUGCCAGUGGAACAACAACAACAAUAGUAGGAGAUCAAAGAGGCACCAGCAGCAGCAGCUUCGGCUGUGAUGAUUGGAGCAAUGCCUGCUCAACUUCUGGGCUUGAGAAUACUAAUGGAGUAUUUGUUGGAAAUCACUCAGCUGGGCCUUCACUCCCUUUUGAGCAACAGCAGCACCUGCCACCAUCGAUCUGCCAAUUCCUCUCAUCAUCAUACUCAUGUUAUAAUCCAUCCUCCUCAUCAUGCCAGCCGGUCAUGACAUCGACUACUCUUCUCCAAUCCAUGGGAGGCAACGAUCACCAUCCGUCUUAUCUCCUCGAUGGCUUCCCUACUUUCUGCCCUUCCAUGCCCCUAAUGUCGCCACCGCCACCACCGGAGAACGGCACCAGCUGUCAUGACGCCAACCAGCCAUCGCAGAUGCUGGCCACGGAUGAGCAAGCGGCGGCGGCUCAUCACCAGCAAGAUCCAAGCACCAUUGCUAAGAAGCGAGAGGAAAGGGACAGGGCCAAGCAAAGGUACAACGAGAAGAAGAAGAACAGAAAGUUCUGCAAGCAGAUCAUGUAUGCCUCCCGCAAAGCGAGGGCAGACACGCGGAAGCGGGUCAAGGGCAGAUUCGCAAAGGCUAGCAAUGAACACCAACACAUACUACACUCAGAUGCAGGAUAAAUUCACGAGCGAUUAGGUCGAUUUUUUCGUUCUUUUUCUCUUUUUUCCAUUCGUUUUACAUAUAGACAGUGCAUAUA